CGCUGUUUCUGGAGCGGAUUGGAACCCGGAGUCAGGAUCCGAUAAAUGAAGGGUCUUCUGCAGAAAAGGUUGGCAUAAUGGCUGAGCAGGCGCCAGAUGAGUUUAUCUGGUGUGAGGACUGUGGCCAGUACCAUGACUCUGAGUGUCCUGAGCUGGGGCCGCUGGUAACCGUGCAGGACUCCUUCGUCCUCAGCCGGGCCCGGUCGUCUUUACCAAGCAGCCUGGAGAUCAGACCGGUGGCGGACGGGGAGGAGGGAGUGUUUGUCCUGCGCCGGCUGGUCAAGAGGACCCGGUUUGGGCCCUUUGAGGCUAAGAGAGUCCCCCACCUGCAGAAGGAAGGAGCGUUCCCCCUGAAGAUCUUCCAGAGGGAUGGCGUGGUGGUGUGUUUUGACUCCAGCAGUGAGGAAGACUGCAACUGGAUGAUGCUGGUGCGACCUGCCACCGACCACAAACACCAGAAUCUGACGGCUUACCAGCAGGACGAUGACCUGUACUUUAACACCUCCCAGGAUGUGCUGCCGGGAACAGAGCUGCGGGUCUGGUACGGAGCUUUCUAUGCCAAGAAGAUGGAGAAGCCCAUGCUCAAGUCUCCACUUCAGCCACCACCCUCAGCAGAUGUGACGUCUUCAUCUGCUAAAACGGAGUCCUCAGAGAAAAGUGGAGCCCACAUGCCCCCAGUGGCUGAAGAAAACAAUGCAGGCAACAUGCUGAGUCAUCUCGACGAGGGGAAGACUGUAACGGUGCUUUCGGUCGACCCGCUCCUUCCCCAGGAGGAGAGCCUGGUCGGCCCCGACGAGGAAGAGGUCGACCCCCCCGCAGCUCAACCGGGCCCCAAGAGAGGUCAGGGCCGAGGGAGGAGAGCUAAGGGACGCAGGCCUGGAGCUACAGCUGCCGCCAGCAAACACAAAGAUGUGAAGACCUCAGUGAAGAGCUCAGAGCCGGUGGCCUCAGCGGUGACAGCGGUGGCGGCAGCAGCAGAGCGCAGCAGCCUGCUGAGCACUCCAGACAGCGGGGUUGUCCUGAAGAGACACAAAACCAGAGAGCACAAGAGGGUGUACCGCUGCUCCCUGUGCAACAAGGUCUUCCAGAACAGCAGCAACCUUAACAGACAUGUCCGAUCUCAUGGUGAUAAGCUGUUCAAAUGUGAUGAAUGUGACAAGUUGUUCAGCCGCAAGGAGAGUCUAAAGCAGCACAUCUCUUACAAGCACAGCAAGAACUUGCCUGACCAGGAGUACAAAUAUAAAUGCAACACGUGUGAGAAAUCCUUUCGCCUGGAAAAUGCCUUAAAGUUCCACAACUGCCGGACAGGUUUGAAAAGUCCUCUCCUGGCUUUUUCCCUUUUCUCCCUUUUUGUACUCCUGUUGGGUUUCACUCAUUCCAUCGUCCUCUCUCCAGACGACAAGACGUUCCAGUGCGAUAUCUGCUCGCGGUUCUUCUCCACCAACAGCAACCUUUCCAAGCACAAGAAGAAGCAUGGCGAGAAGCUCUAUUCCUGUGAAAUCUGCAACAAGAUGUUCUACCGCAAAGACGUGAUGCAGGAGCACCACAGGAGGCACGGUGUGGGACCAAAGCACAUGAAGAGAGAGGAGCUGGAGGCUAAUGGAGAAGAAGGGACCAAGUACAGGAAGGAGCCAUCACCCUGUCCCAUUUGUGGCAAGGUGUUCUCUUGCCGGAGCAACAUGAACAAGCAUCUGUUGACUCACGGUGAUAAGAAGUACACCUGCGAGAUCUGCGCUCGCAAGUUCUUCCGCGUGGACGUCCUUCGGGAUCACAUUCACGUUCACUUCAAGGACAUAGCCUUAAUGGAUGAGCAGGAGAGAGAGAGCUUCAUCAAAAAGAUUGGCAUCUCAGCCGACGACAGCGACGAAUCGGACGAGGAUGAAGAGGAAGACGAUCCCGAGCACCACAAGUACAACUGCAAGAAAUGUCAACUGUCAUUUGCAAAGGGCAGAGAGUACCUGAAGCACAUCAUGGAGCAGCACAAGGAGAGAGGCUACGGCUGCGGGAUCUGUAACCGACGCUUCGCGCUGAAGGCCACGUACAACGCUCACCUGGUCAUCCACAGAGAGCAGCUGCCUGACCCCGCGGUGCAGAAGUACAUCCAUCCAUGUGAAAUCUGUGGCAGAAUCUUCAAUAGUAUUGGUAACCUGGAAAGACACAAGAUCAUCCACACUGGUGUGAAGAGCCACAGCUGUGAUAAGUGUAACAAAUCAUUCGCAAGGAAGGACAUGCUGAAGGAGCACCUCAGGGUUCACGAUGACAUCCGAGACUUCCUGUGCGCAGAGUGCGGGAAAGGCAUGAAGACCAAGCACGCUCUGAGGCACCACAUGAAGCUUCACAAGGGCAUAAAAGAGUACGAGUGUAAGGAGUGUAACCGCAAGUUCGCCCAAAAGGUCAACAUGCUGAAACACUACAAGAGACAUACAGGUAUAAAGGACUUCAUGUGUGAGCUGUGUGGAAAGACGUUCAGUGAAAGGACAACUCUAGAAACACACAAGCUCAUCCACACAGUGGGUAAGACAUGGACGUGUGGGACAUGCGAUAAGAAGUACCUGACAGAGUACAUGCUGCAGAAGCACGUCCACCUCACUCACGAGAAGGUGGAGGCCCAGUCAUGUCACCUCUGUGGGACCAAGGUGUCUACCCGAGCUUCCAUGAACCGACACCUGCGCCGCAAACACCCUGAGGUGGUGUCUGUAAGAAUCGAUGAGUUUGAUGAUCUCCAGGAAACUUCGACAAUCAAUGAUUCGUCUAUCAGCAUUGUGCAGCCCACUCUGACCCUGGAAAAAGACAGUAUGGCUCAGGAGAGGUCCAGCCGGCCUUCCCGACACCCCAAGAAGAAGCAGAGAGUUCAGGCUGAGCCGGAGCUUUCCGAGUCCGACGAAUAUGUUGAUUUCACCGAGCAGAGGCACGAAACCAUGGCAGAAUUCAACGCCGUCAUCGUUGGGGACGAGACAGAGACGAGCUCUGCUGUGCAGAGUAUCCAGCAGGUGGUGGUCCUGGCCGAGCCCAGUGCUACAUCAGCCUCCUCGCCCAACAGCUCAGUGGGGCUGACCAACAUCACCGUCACACCCAUCACCAGCCACGCCCCCGCCCAGUUCACCAGCCUGCAGCCGGUAGCCGUGGGCCACCUGACAGCCAGCGACCGGCCCCUCACCCUGGACAACUCCAUCCUCACCGUCACCUUCGACACCGUCAGCGGCUCCGCCAUGCUCCACAACCGGCCAGCUGAACUCGUCCCAGAGACGGUGGGCCCCGGCGGAGGCACGGCGCCCCAGUCGGUCGCCCACUUCAUCAACGUCACCACUCUGGUCAACCCCAUGGGCCACCAACUGGAGGCCCCGACUCUGGCCUGGAGGCCCGUACCGGCAGCUGAAGGAAGCCAGGUCACCGCCGUGGUGGAGGGUGGUCAGGAGGGUCAGGAGGCCCAGAAUCAGGGCCCGGAGCCAGGCCGGCCCAUCCAGAGCCAGCCGGCCACCCCGCAGCAGCAGAGCGGCUCCGCACAGCAGAUGUUCAGCUACUAGAGCAGAGACUGAAGGUGCUGGUCACCUCACACUCACAGACAUUGUUAUAUAGUAGAGUAGAUUUUAUCAAACUGCAAAGCUUUGAUCACUGUCACCCAGAUGCCUCUCCAGCCCCAUGGAAGUGAAUGAAAUUGUAAUAAUUUUUUUCCUUUUUUUUUAUACUGAUGAAACAAAGUGGCUGUUAUUAAUUAACAUGAUAUUUAACAAAAAAAAAGGGAGAGAAAUGGUACAUUCAGCCAAAAUCACUGACACUCCUCUGGAAGAUUUACAUUUCAAACCAAAGCAACAUGUUGAAUAUUCAAAUGCCUUACCAGCCUUUUAAAAACAUGCAUGUUUCAUAAAUCUGCUGCUCGAGAACGCUGAAAAAGAAGACACAUUUGGUGCAGUCGACAGUUAAAGUGAAAACACUUCUACCAGGUUAUGUGAUAAGUAAAAGUUGGCAUAUUCCUAAAAGUGGCUCACUCAUCAAAUGUUAUUUUUGAAUGCUGUAAUUAUUGUUGAACUGUCACACCGAAAAAAUACUGGAAGAGUUUUUGUACUGUUAUUUUUAAAGAAAAUACCUCUUUGGAAAGGUUGUUCUUUUUA